AUGGACAAAACAAAAAGAGGAGGGUCUCGUGGAUCAAUCGGAGCCGUUGAGCCGGGGUUGGGUACAAAAGAUGGGAUCGAAUCCGAAAGAGAAUCCACCAUGCGCGGGUUCAAUCCCCGUCGUUCGCCCAUCAAUAAAUGGACCAUUUUUUUCUUCGCCCCUUUUGCUUCUCGGCCGUUUCGCAUUUUCAAAGAGAGGCAAGGCCGGCCCAAGCCCAAGGCUUUGGCACCCAGAAAAAGAGCAAUUGAUGGGCAAAUAAACAUUUUUUUGAAAUUGAUCAAUGAUCCGCGAGUUCUUCCACAUCUCGGCUGGCUAAAAUCCGAGGUCAAUGUAAUCGAUCCUACUGGCUCGCGAUCGGACUGGCUACACCGUUCACCCACCCGGCCCUAG